GCGCCAGCGCCGGUCAAGCGAGGACCUUUGCAUGGAGGUGGCUGCUGUGGCGGAAAGUGCAAGAGUAGGCCGAGAGGAGAAGCAGGAGCUUUAUUGAAGUAUAAUUGGUAUUUUAAAAAAGCCUGCACAUUUACUAUAUACAAUUUGAUGAAUUUGGAUAUAUACAUAUACCUGUGAUACCAUCACCAUAAUCAAGGACAUAGCUCGGCAAGCAAAAGAAAAACUGAACAAAGAGGAAACCAACAAAGAUACCUUUGGAAGCACUGAAUGUGGCAAAAUAAGAACAAUGGAUCUCAAGUUCAACAACUCCAGGAAAUAUAUUUCUAUAACUGUCCCGUCUAAAACCCAGACAAUGUCACCACACAUCAAGUCAAUAGAUGACAUUGUAGUACUUGGCAUAAAUCUUAGCAAAUUUAACAAACUUACUCAAUUUUUUAUAUGUGUUGCUGGAGUUUUUUUAUUUUACCUCAUUUAUGGAUAUUUACAGGAAUUAAUAUUUUCAGUGGAGGGUUUUAAGCCCUAUGGCUGGUACCUUACUUUAGUACAGUUUGCAUUUUACUCCAUAUUUGGCCUAAUAGAACUUCAGCUUAUUCAGGACAAAAGGAGAAGAAUACCAGGAAAAACCUACAUGAUAAUAGCUUUUCUAACUGUGGGUACUAUGGGGUUAUCAAAUACUUCCUUGGGCUACCUGAAUUAUCCUACCCAAGUCAUCUUCAAGUGCUGCAAGUUGAUUCCUGUUAUGCUAGGAGGAGUUUUUAUUCAAGGCAAGCGUUACAAUGUUGCAGAUGUGUCUGCUGCAGUGUGUAUGAGCCUUGGUCUGAUAUGGUUCACCCUCGCUGACAGCACGAUUGCACCCAAUUUCAACCUGACAGGUGUGGUCCUUAUUUCCCUGGCGCUGUGUGCAGACGCUGUCAUUGGAAAUGUUCAAGAGAAGGCCAUGAAGCUGCACAAUGCCUCUAAUUCCGAAAUGGUUUUGUAUUCGUAUUCAAUCGGUUUUGUGUACAUUUUAUUGGGACUGACGUGCACUAGUGGAUUGGGCCCUGCAGUAACAUUUUGUUCAAAGAAUCUAAUUCAGACCUACGGUUAUGCUUUUCUUUUUUCCCUCACUGGGUAUUUUGGAAUCUCCUUUGUUCUGGCUUUGAUUAAAAAUUUCGGUGCACUUCUUGCUGUAACAGUGACAACAGGAAGAAAAGCAAUGACCAUUGUACUUUCAUUUAUAUUCUUUGCCAAACCAUUCACAUUUCAGUACAUAUGGUCCGGUUUGUUAGUUGUCCUCGGUAUAUUUCUCAAUGUUUACAGCAAAAAUAUGGAUAAAAUAAGAUUACCAUCACUAUACGAUCUGAUAAACAAAACUGUGGAAGUGAAAAAAUCAAGGACGUUGGCGCAAACUGUAUAGGCAGGGGUUCUUGCUGUUCAACAUAGAAUUCUGAGGGACCAAUCAAUCAUCAAUUACCUAACUUUCCGAAGGGAUUAUUAUGAAAACCAAAGGAUCUAAGAGCGUGCUCUCCAUUGUGAUGGGACCACGUGCAGGCGGUCCUUUCUUCCGAGCAGCUGGACUGUUGGGCGUCUGCAGCCACAUCCGUGGAAUGAUGUGUCAGUACAAAGGACUGUCAUUAUUAGCAGUUUAUUGAGAAUUCACUGGAAAUGGGCCAUGUUGUAAGACUAAUUAGACACCUUUACGGCAUAUCAGAGAGAGAGGCAAUAGCAGACUGUUUUGUCCUCAUUCCGUUUUGGUGGUGUUAUUUAAAUUGAUUCUCUGUUAUAAGAGUGAACUGAUGAUUUAAAGUCUAGAGAGAGUAACUUCACUAUAAAUAAAAAUUAUUCUGUGAUUUUUUUUUUAAAGAAUGCGUUGAUAGAAUCUUUUAUGAAGAAGGAAGUGAAGAAUUGGAGUAUGACUUGACAUGAACUUUAAAACUUAAGGCUUUCUCUGAUAAUUUAAACAUAUUCUUUAGAGAAAACAUGCUUUAAGUUUCCUGCGAAAUCCAGACAAUAUAGUAAAAGGAGUCAUCAUACUGCAUCCUGCAAGUAUAUAUCACAAGAAAAAUUUGCUA